AUGGGGUUAUCCCCUCCCUAUCUCCCCUCCUCUCCCUCUCUCCCCUCCUCUCCCUCCCUCCCACGCAUCUCACCCACCGCCGCCCAAGCACCCCGCCGCCCCGCCGACGCCGACGCCGGUCCCCGCCGCCUGCUUCCGCCCGACUUCGAUUCGCGAUUGGAUUGCCAAGGCCGCUCGCCGCCGCCGGAGGAGGUCGGGGAAAGGCAGCCACCAGCCAACCGUCCACGCGAGGCGCGACGGAGUUCCCGCUCCGCUGCUUGGACCCGGAACAGCACGUACCUACGAGAUCGACCGGCUCACAGAGCGCGGCCAGAGCAGCUUCUGUUCCCACCAACGCCGUACCCUGCGGCAGAACAGCGCGCGACGCCUUCGCCCUGUGCUCGUGGCGACGCCGGGCGAGCAGCCGAGCACGCGCCCCUGGCCCGGCCCCGCGGCAAGGCAACACCGCGGCUGGUUUAUUCCUCGUGGUCUCUCGCCAUAAUGCUCCCUCCGCCUAGUCCACGUCCACUGGUUGCUGCUCAUCAUCCCAGUGCAUGACAG